CAGUUUUUAGUUGAGCCACGCACUCACUUGGGUAGUCUUCCUUGAGAUUUCUCUGGUGAUCCGUUGGCCUUGAGCGAUGAAAAUGGCUUCCUCCAGGGUUUUCCUCCUGUGCGGCCUGCUUCUGGCCGUUGUCGUUCUCAUGGCCGCGCAGGUCUCGGCUCGUGACCUUGCUGAGGAGACUCAGUCACAGGAGAGCGUGAAAGAGGCUAACUAUGGCCAAGGAUAUGGUGAACACGGCCACGGUGGAAAGGGGUAUGAAGGUGGCUAUGAAAAGGGCCACGGCGGUCAUGGCCAUGGCAGUCACGGUCACGGUGGUCACGGCCACGGCGGUCACGGCCACGGUGGUCAUCAUGGUGGUCACCCUUCGGAAGAAACCGAAGAUGUCAAGAAUUAGAUAAUGGGACUCAGUUGGGUCCAUCAUCCUGCUGGGAAUGUAGGAGAAUGUAUGCCAUGUAACUCGUAGAAGCUUAAAAGCUUCUGCAAUAAUGGUUGAAUAAAAUGGUUCCUCCACUGUCAUGAGCAGCUUUGUUGCGUUUCAGAUGGUUCUUUUGGUGAUUUCAAGUACGAGUUGUCUCAAAUGUCCACUGAUGUUUGCAUGUGAAUGAAUAAAACCCACUUUAAUUGGCGA